AUGGAAGGUGGGGAACCCUGGGCAGCCCUUGAGAAGGACCCCCUCAAACUCACUGUUGACGACGUCUAUGAAAUCUCCUACGAUGUCGGUUGUCAGUUCAGGGACGUGAGUAGCUCACAAAGUUCAAGAGCAAUUUCUGAGCUGCAGUUCAAGAUACUGAGAGUUUUAGAAAUGUUUGAAACUCUGGUCAGCAAAAGUUCCAUCAGCCUAGAGGAACUGAAACUUGAACGGGACAACCUGAAGACCAAAGCAGAAAGACUUAUGGGAGAACUACAGAAUGGAAAUCUUCGAACCGUUGGACCUGACAAGUUUCUCAUAAACCUGGAGGACCCGAAUUGCCCAAGGUUCACCUUCCAGGAACUGAGUGAUGUGCUACAGGAACGAAACAACCUUAAAGCUCAGCUUCUUACCACCCGAGCAGUCAUCCAGGGUUAUAAAAGUGGAAUUCCCACUCGAGAAGAGCAUCACGUGGUGAACUUGAAGACGGGACCAUGGUCCUAG